AUGACUAGAACAUCAAAUUUUAUUUUGAUGAGCUUUGCUCUUUUGGAAUCUACAGAUGAUAUUUUGGCAGCGAAAGGAAAUCACACCAUAGCGGUUGUAAAGGGCAAAGAAGAUUAUGCUGUAUUAAAAAAUUGUUUCAAAGAUGUAUUGAGUGACAUAAAUGACAUGGUAAGAGAAAAGAAAAUAGAUCUGGGGGAAGAUAUAGUAAAUUUAGAGUUCUUUCUUGGUGGGGAUUAUAAAUUAAUAUUGCUUAUGAUGGGUCUUAGUGGUGCCACAUCAAACCAUGCCUGCGCUUGGUGCAAAAUCCACAAAGAUGAGAGGUGGAACAUGGCUUACGACUUGAACCACUACAACUCACCACCCCUUAAGCGUACAAUAAAAGAAAUGAAAGAAUUAGCAGGGAAAAAAACAAUUUCUGUUGUGUGA